AUGAGUACAACAGGAAAUAAUUACAACAAUACAUUAAAUUUGCUUUCUGAAGAAGAUGAUGGAAGUAUGUUUCGAGCAGCUCGACAAAAUGGUCGAAGAAAUGCAUUAGCAGGUCUUGACACACAAAUUGCCCAAUUUAAUACAUCAAUGGUAUCAGCGGAAAUUGAUAAUAUGACACCAAAUUUUCAAUCGAUGUCAAUAAAACCAUAA